AUGAAUCUCGCCAUCGCUGGGGAUACGAGAAAAGAGAUCCUUCACGCGAUCGAGGCCUGUCAGGAUUUGCCCCAGGCUCGAGAGCUCCACGCUUGCUUGGCCAGCUCCGUGGAUCUUAGGGCCGCCGAUGGCGAUCCUUUCCUGUCCAACAAGCUCAUCCAGAUGUACGCGAGCUGCCGUGGCGCCGAUCUCGCGCGCGAGGUCUUCGAUUCCACCCGGCACAAAGAUUUCUACACCUGGGACUCGAUGCUCUCGUGCUACACCCGGAAUGGGGAUUUCCAGCAAGCGCGAUUGUUCUUCGCCGCCAUGCCGGAGGCGAGCAUUGUCUCUUGCAACACGAUGCUCGCGGCAUUUGCCAAGGCUGGGGAAUUGGAUCUCGCGAGAGAUCUGUUUGAUCGGAUGCCCGAGAAAGAUAUCAUCUCCUGGACAACGAUUCUAGCAGCAAAUGCGCGAGCAGGGUUUCUUGAUCGAUCUUGCGAAGUAUUUGCGCAAAUGCCCCUUGUCAAUCUUGUGUCGUGGAAUUCUAUCCUUACGGCAAAUACCCAGCUCGGGGAUUUACUCUCAGCCAUAGAAAUCUUUCACGACCUAAUUCCGGAAAGGAAUCUGGUGUCAUCUACGGCCAUGAUCGCCGCCCUCGGGCAGGCUGGACGGCUGGAUGCCGCGAAGAAACUAUUUGAUGAGAUGCCAUUCCGGGAUCUCGUGUCGUGGACUGCGGUCCUGGCCGCUUAUUGCCAGUCCCGGAAUCUGUCAGGUGCCACGUGGCUAUUGGAUAGAAUGCCCGAGAGGAAUGUCGUGGCGUGGACGACCGUGAUAAACGCUUUCGCGCAGGAGGGGAAUCUGGAAGAGGCGGAGCGAGUAUUUCGUGAGAUACCGGUCCAGACGCCGGUAUCUUUGACCGUGAUGCUCACCGCAUAUGCCGUGAACGGGCAUCUGGAUCUGGCAAAGGAUCUCUUUGAUGGGAUGAAAGAGCGCGAUCUUGUUGCUUGGAACGCAAUGCUCACAGCGUUUGUGGAAAGCAAUAGUUUUGAGGACGCGAGAAGAACUUUUGACAGUGUUCCCGAACGAAGCAUCGAAUCGUGGAAUCUACUGCUCGAAGCAUUUGCCACGACAGGGCAUUUGGAAAUGGCAAGGCGGCAUUUCUCACAGAUGCCGCAUGGAAAUCAAACCUCCUGGAACACAAUGCUGCUCGCUUCGGUGAGGGCCGGAGAUUUGGAGCAGUCGCAAUGCCUGUUCGAGCAGAUGCCUCAUCGCGACACCACUUCCUGGAACACAAUCCUGGCGGCGCACGCUACCAGCGGCGAUGACAAUCGAGCCCUCGCGCUAUUUCACUCGAUGCCGCAGCGAAACCCACAGUCGUGGAACGCGAUCCUGGCAAUGCACUGCUCCAAUCGAGAUAUCGACGCUGCCAGGAGCCUGUUCGCGGCAAUGCCGUGCCGCGACGCCAUCGCCUGGAACACGAUGCUCGCCGCCCACGCCCAGAUGGGCGGCCCUAAUCGAGCCAAGAAAUUCUUUGACGCAAUGCCGGAUCAAACCCUCGCUUCCUGGGCCACACUGCUGUGCGCGUACGGCCACACCGACGGGGCGGUGGCCCUAUUCGACCUGGCCAAAUGUACGGUCUCACCGGACGCGGUGUGCUGGGUGCUCGUCCUAAACGCGUGCAGCCACUCGGGGCGGUGCUUUCUCGCCGGGUCCUACCUCCGGUCCAUGGCGUACGACUUUGCCGUACGGCCGACGAAGCAGCACUACAAUUGUAUCGUGGACGCGCUCGCAAGGGGCGGCUACGUGGCGGAAGCCCACGAGCUUGUGGCGGAGAUGCCCUUUGUCCCAGAUUCUUUGGAGUGGACUUGUUUGCGCGGCGAUUAG